AUGGCGGCUACACCAUCUCUCCUCUCCAAAGUCAUCCUGAUAACCGGCGCAAACAGCGGCAUAGGAAAAGCCACUGCCCUCUCCCUCGCCACCCUAAACCCAGCACAGAUCUGGAUCGCCGCCCGUAACGUCGCAAGCGGCCAUGCUGCUGUUGCUGAAAUCAAAGCCGCCGCACCAACCGUCGAUGUUCGAUUCGUAGAAUGCGAUCUAGCGAGUUUUGACUCGGUAGCAAGAGCGGCGAGGGAAGUGGUUGAGGGUUGUGGAGGCCGAUUAGAUGUUUUGAUGCUGAAUGCGGGAAUCAUGGGCGGUCACCCCGGUACUACACUUCAAGGCCACGAACUGCAAUUCGGGACGAACCACGUCGGCCAUGCCCUCCUCCUAAAGCUCCUCACACCAACCUUGCUUUCCACUGUCGAAACCACGGGCUCAACACUCCGCGUCAUAUCUGUCAGCUCGCGAGGCCACGCUCACGCCGCCGCGCUACCAACCGGCGGCAUCGCGUUUGACACGUCGAAAUCCUCGCAACCUAAUCUGUCAGGCGUGAACAAGUACACGCAAUCCAAAUUAGCCAACGCGGUCUACGUGCACCAAUACGCAUUAUCUUACCCACAGAUCCUUAGUGUGGCGAUCCAUCCCGGCGACGUUUUGACAGAAAUCUUCAAUAAAGGCGUGGAAGGAGGUGAUGAGCAGAUCAAAUAUCUGGCGAGAGAGAUAGCGCCGAAGAGAUGUGGGUCGUUGGAGGAAGGGAUCAAGAACGGAGUUUGGGCGGCGACUGCGGACGGCGUGCUGAGUGGCCGGUACUAUGAACCUGUGGGUGUGUUGGGUAUGGGGAGUGAGUUAUCCAAGGAUAGAGAGUUGGGCGAGGAGUUAUGGGCCUGA